AUGGGGUUCAUCACGGAGAAAUACUUGCGAAAUAUUAUGAGAGGCAGACACACUUCUGCCACGAAACUUCGCAAUACCCCGGAGCUCUUCGGGUAUCGACUGAGCCACAGGUUAGCAGAACCCCGGGACGACUACACGAAAGCAGCACAUGAAGUUAUUCGCGAAAAACCUCCCGGUUUCGUCCCCGCCGAGCUCUCUUCAUCAACCGGAUGCGCGUCGUUUGAUGCCUGCGGCGGUUUAUGUGUUUAUGAAUCCGACUGGGAGGAAAACCCCAUUUCCGGAAGCUUUUAUAGAUCCCUCAGUGUCUUUCCCGGUAGUUUCAGUGGCGUCAAAGUUUCUACGGUACACGAUGUCAUGCCCCGCCCAGUUACACUUGAAACAAAGUUUGGAGGAAACACCGAAAAAAAAUUUAUGACUGCGAUGAGUGGUGGAAAACGUUAUCGUGUUGCUAGGCGACAGCUGUCGACAGUGUAUAAGCAACGUGUACUGAGUGCAGCCGACUCGCUCGCGGAACACGUUGCGUUUACCGAAGAAAGUCGUCGGUACCCCAGUGCCGUUGUCCCAGGGGCCAAGACCAGUACUGGCACGGGAACUAGUACUGACACUGGCACCGGCACUGGCUCAAAAGCCACUCGACAAGGAAUCAGGAAAAAGCGAAAGAAGCGGUCGAAUGCUGGCACGCACGUACUCGCUCCAAUGAGUCCUGUGCGCCCGCGCGAAGCACGCAAACACGCGGCAUGCCGAAUCGCCGCCCGACACUCUUUUUUUUUUUUUUGGUGUCGACUGUCGACACUGGUCGUCAUCGUCGCCCAUCUUCUUUCCGUCGACGACUUCGACAGGAAUGAUGUUUCUUUCGUGCUGUGGAGUGGGCAUACACGAGAUCCCCGUUCUACCCGAAAUGGCUUCGUCGAGAUAUAUUCAACCCCCAGCUCUGUUUUCACGCUUAUCGUCACGUUCCUCAUUCCGCCGUUUCGCCGGCAGCAGGAGCAAACAGAAACUGAGCUUUUCUUCGUUGGCGAGUGUCAAUACAUCCUUUCGCUGAGCAAAGUUUCACAAGAACGCGAACUGCUGGUUCAGACGAAUUCAGCAAUAAGAAAAGUGAGGCGGGGCUGA